CACAGCAACAAGGGAGACCAGAGCCCCGUCCUUCCCCCCAGCGAAGCCUCUGGAGAUUAUGCUCUAAAUCCAGCAUCUAUUUGCUCUCCAAGCAGGGACCAGUCACCCCCUCCCCCAGCUCAGCUGCGUUUCUGUUCGCUGUGCUGCUUCCCCUGUUACUUUACUGAGCUGAGCACAAGCUGGGGUGUGAGGCUGAGUGUGCAGCCAUGAUGCGAUGCAGUGAGAGCAGAGCGCAAGCAGGCAUGAGGAAUGCUCAGAGAACUGAACCCUGUCAGAGAGUGGUCUGGAGCCUUCGGUAUUUUCCAGUUCUCUGCUGAGAAACCCAGUCUGGCCAGAGGAAGGGGAAGCAAGGAAACGCCUGGAGAGGUUUCUGCUCAGUACCUGAAGAAUCCACGAACAAACAGGAGCGGCAUCAUACAAAAUACAUUGAACUGCAGGGAACAGCUUCAGAAAGACACGAUGAGGAUGGUUUCUAGGGCUGUGAUAAUGGGCCACGCGGCAGGACCUGGUGAAAUCUGAAACCAAAGAGGAACCUAGGAGAGAAAUCCACUCCUGGUGAAAGAAGACCCAGCACACUUGCCGAUAUUAGACUAUGGAGACUAUGUGAUGUGGGGAGAGACUCCCAGAGCAGAAUCUUCCUAAUGCAGCCCCCACUAGAGAGAAAUCCUAUGUGUCUGUACAGCUCCUAGCACAAUGGGGCCCUGACCAGGUUAAGGAUCAGUGUUAAAUACUAAUACUAGAAAUACCUUUCCUGUGCCAUAAGCUGGCGGGGAAGGAAGAUGCUCAAAGCCCCGCAGAGCCCUGACCCGGACGACAGGCCGUACAAGUGCACCGAGUGCGAGAAGUGCUUCCGGCAGAAGAAGAUCCUCAAAGCCCACCAGAGCAUCCACACCGGAGAGAAACCGCACAUGUGCGCCGAGUGUGGAAAGAGCUUCCGGCAGAAGAACAACCUCCGGAAGCACCAGUGGAUCCACACCGGCCAGACGCCCCACCAGUGCGCCGAGUGCGGGAAGCGCUUCAGCGAGAAGCAGCGCCUGCGGAAGCACCAGAAGACGCACACGGGGGAGACGCCGUAUGCCUGCGCCGAGUGCGGCACGCGCUUCAGCCACAAGCAUAACCUGAAAACCCACCAGCGGGUGCACACCGGCGAGACGCCCUACAAGUGCCCCGAGUGCGAGAAAGGUUUCAAACAGCAGAACCACCUCAUCAGCCACCUGCGCACCCACCAGGAGGAGAAGCUCUACAGGUGCACCCAGUGCGACAGGUUCUUCAGGAAGAAGCCCAACCUGCUGAAGCACGAGAAGAGCCAUGCGGGGGACAGGCCCUACCGCUGCAAGGACUGCGGGAAGACCUUCAAGCAGAACAACCACCUGGUGAGUCACCAGAGGACCCACGCCGCAGGCAGCCUCUACAUAUGCACCGAGUGCGGGAAAAGCUACAGCCAGUGGGCACAUCUCACCACUCACGAGCGGGCCCACGCCGGUGAGAAACCCUAUAAAUGCACUGAGUGUGGGAAAGGCUUUGGGCAGGAGAAGAUCCUCCGAGAGCACCAGCGAAUCCAUACAGGCGAGAGGCCGCACAAAUGCGCUCACUGCGGGAAAAGCUUCACCUGGAGCACCAGCCUGAUCAAGCACCAGCAGAUCCACACGGGCGGCAAGCUGCACGCCUGCACCGCGUGCGAGAAGAGCUUCCGGUGGCGGCACAGCCUCCUGCAGCACCAGUCGGUGCACAGCGGCGAAAAGCCGCACACCUGCGCCCAGUGCGGCCGCAGCUUUGUGGAGAAGCAGGCGCUGAAGAAGCACGAGAGCAUCCACACGGGGGAGAAGCCCUUCACCUGCAGCGAGUGCGGGAAGAGCUUCCGGCAGAAGGGCAACCUGGUGUCACACGAGCGAAGCCACCUGGAGGAGAAGCCGCACCGAUGCCCCGAGUGCGGGAAGUGCUUCCGGGAGCAGCGCUUCCUGGCCACCCACCAGCGCACCCACACCCAGGAGCGGCCCUACCAGUGCGCCCAGUGCCAGAAGCGCUUCAGUGCCAAGCAGGGGCUCCGCAUCCACCAGCGCCUGCACACCGGGGAGCGGCCCUUCCACUGCCCCCUCUGCGGGAGGAGCUUCACCGAGAGGAAGAACCUCAACAAGCACCAGCGGACGCACAGCGGGGAGACCCCCUACACCUGCGGGGAGUGCGGGAACAGCUACACCCAGAAGUACAGCCUGAAGGUGCACCAGCGAACCCACAGCGGGGAGACCUCCCACACCUGCAGCGAGUGUGGGGAGAGCUUCAAGCAAAGGAACCACCUGGUGAGCCACCAGCGGAGCCACAAAGCCGGGAGCCUCUACAUAUGCGCCGAGUGUGGGGAGAGCUACAGCCAGUGGGCGCAUCUCACCGCCCACGAGAGAAUCCACACCCGGCAGAGCCAGCCUGCAUGCACUGAAUAUCGGUAA